AUGAUCCUCUCAGCCCUAGUCGUGGCGGAUCAACUCCGCGCCGCGAUACCAUGCUCACUGCUUUCUUUGUCGAUGGUUCCUUUCGCUACCGUAUCUCUUGGAAUUGGUGCAGUUUCGUGGGUGGUGCCGAGAAAAACUACACAGUUCUUGGACAACACAUUGUAUCGCGCUUACAUGAGACUGUGUCUCUUCGUCUUCGAAAAUCUUUCUGGAGUACAGAUUAAACUUUACGGUGACAUAGAGCAACUAAAACGUACACGUGAAAGCGCUCUGGUACUAGCGAAUCAUCAAAGUAAUGUAGACUGGGCAGUAUUAGUGAUGUUGACGCAACGUCAAGGAGUUGAAGGAAACGAUGAAGGUUUUCGUGUUAUGGUUAAGCAUGCCAUUCAUUAUGUACCCCUUUUCGGCUGGUACAUUUUUCAGCAUGGUUACAUAUACGUGCGCCGAUUCGGUGAAUUUCUCAGUGCUCCAGUCCUGAGACAGCUGGCUUGGCUUGACACACUGGAUGAAAAGUAUUGGUUACUAGUAUUCCCAGAAGGAACGAGAUAUUCUGUCAAGAAGAUGGAAAACAUUCUUGUUAGUCGGGAAUUUUGUAGAAGAAAGGGAAUACCUGAGUUCAAAAAUGUGCUUUCACCGCGUGCAGGCGGUGCUUUUUUGGCACUUGAAAAUCUCGACUCACUUGACGCUGUCUAUGACGUAACUAUCGCCUAUGGUCAGACUAGGUUGCCAAAUCGCCGAGGUCUAGCGCCUAACAUGUUUGAGUUUUGUUGUGGAUCUCCAACAGCGAAGACACUAAACAUACACGUAAAAAGAUACUCGGCAAGUGAGCUGCGGAAAACCAGAAAGGAACUACAGGAAUGGAUUAUAGACGUCUAUUCCAAGAAGGAUAGGCUUCUUGACGAUUUCUACAAGACUGGAGAAUUCCCCGAUCCAUAUUCCAUGAAUGAAGCAGCAGUUUCGAUUUCUCGCACUCUUCCACCAACUCUGUUCUUCGUUGCUGCUCUAGCGGCUCCGUUUUAUUCGCCCACCAUUCGCAGUCUGUAUCUCCACACAAUUGCCAGUUUCCCGCUACUUAUUCUUUGGCUGGAGGUUAGGAAAUGCGCAUGA